CAACAUGAUUGAUUUGCGACCGAAUACCGUCGAUACUACCGAGUCCGUCGCCACCGCCGCUAUUUUUCCUGUCUGAGAGAGGACAAGCGUGCGUUACAAGCACUGCCUGUCCUCCAUUUCGGUUUCAGACGCGCCGGCUCAAUCAGCUGAGAGUCAAUCACAAUGGAUCCUCCACACAUUACCGAGUUCGCUUCGCAGCGGUACUUUGACAAGCUUAAGCAAUUAAACGAAUCGAAAUCUCAGGCUCACGAUGGUGUCGUCCACGCGCAUGAUGGCUCCGUCGUGGCCGAAUCCUCGACUUUCAUCUUACCCAUUGGAAGAUCAAAGCCAAUUGACCAACAAUCGCACGACACUCAAAGGACGGAGAAGCGCCGUCCGAAUUUCAGCUUUAGGACCAUCUUACCGUCGCGAAGUUCGGUAGAUCAUGAUUCCCGAAGGUUAUCUGUCGAAGUUCCGAAGAGGAAGACUACGCCAUUCGACCAAUUGUUUCUGGCGCUCCCCAAUGAGUUGAAGAUCCAGAUUGUUGCUUCAUUACCUUUGUCUGACAUACUAAAUCUUCGAUUGGCCUCGCGAUCAUGGCACGCAAUGAUCACGGUCAACGAAUUCCCGAUUGCGCGAUAUCACUUGGAACACCAUGUUCCCGCUUACGCGAAACGAUUAUAUCCGGCGCCCGAUCCUCGCGCGAUACGGCUUCAUCAUCUCUGUGGAAUAUGGCAUCGACUGCAUGUUGCUUCCAAAUUGUCCUAUUUAAUAUGUGAAAGGGUAACAAAGGAAAUAUUCCUUAGAACUACCGAGGCUCAACGCAUCGAAUUCGAACCCCAGUAUGAGAGAAUGCGCCGACGACUAAUACCACUACUAUUCACUAUAUUUCAUUUCUUUGAAACAUACCGAACAUUACAUAUCGAAUAUAUUAAGGAGCAUGGUCAUGGUUUAUCGAGAGAACCUUACACCAUAAAUCCUAUCGAGGCUAAGAUCAUGAGCAUGUACGAUGAUCAAACACUACUCCGCGUUCACCAGGUGUUCCCCCUGGUAGUAUCUUCCUUCUGCCGACGUCUCCGACCCCCUUCUUAUGUCGGUCGACUAGAGCGUUCGCUCAGAGGUUAUUUGAAGGACCGACCUCCCGACGAAGUUUACGUAACUGCGAUGUGCGUUGGUGGGUUACGGCAGGUGGAACGAUUUUGGGAGAUUAAGGGAUAUAAUUCGAGGAGAGGAGCUGUUGAUUCAUGGUAUAAUUCGAUACUACGGGAGCCUACGGAGACUGCGCCGAAGCCACGACGAGGGUUUAUGGGACUUGCCCGGAAGAAGUCGAGUGCGAGCGAAAACGACUUCGCGAAGCCCGGAGAUACACACGCAAGUGGUCGAGGGCGGCAAGGAUCUGAUGCAGGCCGAAGAGGUAGUGACGCGUCGAUGUUUGGCUUGUGGGAAAGUCUGGUGUUCCACUCGAGUUUAGCUGAAGGCAUGCCGAUGGGCGAACUAUCCCGAGAACAGUUGAAGAUACUGCUCCCCGAUUUACCGACGUUACAACAGAUCUGGGCCCCGACAGCCGAAGCCCUUAUCCUGGACCGAGGAGUUGUCGAACGACCUCAAGAUAUCAAACGUAACGCGCAGGUGAUGUUGGAAUUAAUCCGGGAGGACGGUGCCCACGAGGAAGACGAAUGGUGGUAUGGACGGGCAGCCCCGGAAUCCGUUCGACCGCCUCUCGAAGCCAUUGAGGAGGAUCCUAUCGAAUAAUUAUACGCACAUCUACUCACGUACCUAACGGGCGAUUUUUUUUUCUUGGGUUUUAAGUUGAUUGAUACCUAGCAUAGGCGCUUAGAGAAGAUAUCCGCGGGAGGGGCUUAGGCAUUGUCUAGCCAUGUCGUUCGUAUCAUCAUCGUCAUCGUCAUCAUGAAGCAUUUACAAGGCGUUUUAUACUACCGAGGGCGGGAAAUAUUUGUUAUAUCUGUUUCCAACUU